UGCGAAAAGCAACGCUUGAAAGAGUGACUUACGAAAAUGCGCUUUUGCAGCAGUUCAAGAAGUUUUUGCAGAAACUUGAAAAACUAACAGGUGCUGUGAAUAAACGUGGACAAGGGCGUGUCACCGCACAGUCGGUGAAGAUGGCCGAAGUAGCAGUGCAAAGUAUGUGUGAUAUACUCGUCGCACAUCCAUACUUUAAUUAUGUACAGAAUGUCGCACAGUUGUUGGUCUACAUGUUGAACUGCCGCUAUCAGAAUAUACGAGAAGAAAUCAACAAGUGUUUCCGCACAGUAUUUGCGAACGAUAAGAAAUUGGAUAUGACACUGUAUAUUGUGAGACGUAUAAAUCACUUGAUAAAGACAAAACUACCGAAUGUGCAUGUGGAAUGUCUCAGUUGCUUGCUUUCGCUUAAGAUAAAAAAUGUCAACUUAGAUGCUGAGAAGGAGAAUGAGUUGAAGCAAAAAAAGUUGGAGGCUCAUCGGCAGCGUUUGAUGAGUUUAUCAAAGAAGGAGCGCAAGCGGAGGAAGAAAUUAACCGAGGUGAAUAAGGAGUUGGACGAAACGCGGGCGGAAGAAAAUAAACAAACGAAACUAUAUAAACUGACGGAAGUAACCAAAAUGGUUUUUACAAUUUACUUCCGUGUUUUAAAAAAUGAUCCAACUUCGAAAGUGCUGAGCGCUAUUUUAGAGGGAUUAGCAGAAUUUGCCCACGUCAUCAACAUGGAUUUCUUCUCAGACUUAAUAGAAGUGCUGAAUCGCAUAUUGGAAGAAAUGGAUCUUGGUUAUCGUGAGCAGUUACAUUGCAUUAAAACCAUUUUUGUCAUACUCUCUGGUCAGGGUGAAGUGCUGAAUAUAGAUCCUAUUCGAUUUUAUCAGCACUUCUACAGAAAUAUGCUUACAGUAAACGCAGGAAAGAAUCACGACGAUUUUCGCAUAAUACUUGGCACCUUGGAUGAAGUUUUAGUGAAAAGGCGGCGUAAUAUGAGUCAGCAACGUUUAAUGGCGUUUAUAAAACGCUUACUAACCCUCAGCAUGCAUCUACUGCAUCACGGCACCCUGGCAACACUCGGCACUAUAAAGACAACGUUCCAAUUGACAUCAAUUUUGGAUAUUUUACUUGAUACAGAUACUAGCGUAGGAUCCGGUAACUAUGAUCCAGAGUUAGAGGAUCCCGAGUAUUGCAAUGCGGCAAGUACAGCGCUUUACGAGUUGACCUUGCUUUCACGUCAUUAUCACCCAACGGUGCGAAAGAUGGCCAUGCAUAUAGCAAGUGGUGUGCCGGCAUCGGGAGAGGGUGCGCUGCCGCCGGAAAUUGGCAAACUUACCUCCCACGAACUUUAUGAUCAAUUCGAUAGUACGCAGAUGGUAUUUAACCCAAUCAUACCGGUGCCAAAGCAAGCUGAACCGAAAAUUAAAAAAGGCAGACACCAGUAUAUUAAUUCCGAUUUCGAACCUCUUUGCAAAACAGUUUUGCGAGCUAAAGAGAGCUCAGUAAAGGCUACAACGAAACAUAAAAAUUGUACGAAAUUUGAUUUUUACAAGGCUCUGGUUAAUAAAUGCUAAUUCGAUAAUGUGUGUAGCAAAAUAUUAAGUAAUUUAAUAUAUGAUGUUUAUUUUAACAAAACUUGCUAAAUAAUAUCCCAAAUGGGUUCGAUGUGUGAACUGCGUUUAUUCAUAAGAUUUUUGAAAAAAAAUUGUGUACUCCAUACAUACAUACAUAUGUAAAUAUAUUAGAAGCUAAAAG